AUGGCUGCUAACGAGCAGGAUCCAUUGCUCCUGCUGCGGCAAUCCAUCGCAUCGAAACGACCUGCGGUUCCCACAGCUUCAGCCGAUGCUUCUGCGACCGAGGUUCCUCUCUCGCAAGCUACCCAUCUACUCUUCUCGCACCCAGCUCCCGUUUCUGUGUCGCUCUCGACACCGACGCGUUUCAUUUCAAGCGACCGCCCGGUCGACCUGCGAUCCAUCUACUUCGCCUGGCUAAACAAGGAUGUUGCAAUUCCCGAAUACAACGCAAGCGCUACCCGCCUCAACGAAGAAUUGGGCAGCCUAGGCACUGUCCAAAACCUUGCCUUCGUCGAACGUUUAGACUUGUUCACUUGGCUGGAAGGCGCUAGUGAGGAGAGUGAACACAUCAAGCCUUUGGCUGGCGACAAGGACGGCAAGGAGGGAGCUAGUGCGAGCGCGUCCAAGACUGCCCCAGCAACUGCGGCCAGUCGAGCUGGACGAGGCACUUUGGAUCCUAGAUUGGCGGUCAUCUACGAUGGAGAGCGCAAGAUGGGGGAUCGCAACUCUGUGUUACGCGGCGUGAAGCACACGGACUUCUCCCAUGUCCGCAAGCUCGCUGUUCCUUUCAUCCAGAAGAAACCCAAUGGCUCGUCGAACAUAAGCGCCAACCCAUCCCUCGCGCUCAACCAGAAGGCCCCAACGAGGCGACCAGACCCGAUUAUCCUCCUCUCGCCCUCGGCCUCCUCCCUUCUGCGCCUGUCCAACAUCCGCUCUUUUCUCGAGUCAGGGCGCUACGUGCAGCCCGACGGCAGCGCUGCUGCUAGCAUGCUACACGUCUCCCGCGUCAUGAAGGAUAUCGACCCGUCGCGGCCCAUGCGUUUCAUUCUCGUCGAGGGCCCUGAGCAGUUCAAACCCGAGUACUGGAAUCGCGUUGUUGCAGUCUUCACCACUGGCCAGUCAUGGCAGUUCAAGAACUACAAGUGGAGCUCUCCUCCGGAUCUGUUCCGCCGUAUUUUGGGCAUCUUCAUCGGCUGGCGCGGGGAGCAACCGCCAGACAGCGUAAAGGACUGGGGCCACCGCGUGUUGCAGCUCGGCGUUGAUCGCUGGCGUGAUGGAACUGGUGCUCAGGAGGCGGCAAAGUUCAGGGACAAGGAAGCUGCAGAGUCGAUCUGGCGGGCAAUUGAGGCGAACAUGAAGAACAAGGGAUGGACAAAAACCACUGCGCCAACCCAGCUAUGA